AUGUGCAUCCUGUUUGAAACUAUAGGUAGUGGAACCUGCCACAAAACCUACCAGUACGGCUACGAAGUGGGUUCCGCACCCUCGUCGAUGCUGGAUGCGAGCGCCAAAGAGUCGAGUGCCAUCGCACUUGGACGGUAUCCUGUGAAGGACAGCGUCGCAGGAAACCAGCAGGUCGAAGACGUGUCGGGACCUUCUGCCUCUGCCUUCAGGGCAGGCCUAGUCUCCGAUUCCGCGCUACGAGUCGAACAGGGGCGGAGCAGCCAGGUCUUCUUCGAACCCAAGACGCCGGAGAAGGAGGAGGAGUCUUCUUUAGUCACCAGCUAUGAGAUACCGCGCGCGUCUGCCAUACCCGUACCCAAGAAGAGCGAAGAAGACACCAGCUCUGGCGCAGAGCAAGGCGGGACGGUGUUCAGCCAACCCAACAAGAACGAAAGGAGAAUCGUGGUCACGUCAAAGGGAUCUCUGCCCAUCACACAACGCCAGCAGAAACGCGUGAGCCAAGCGCAGAAGAGCGAAACUACACAGGAAAGACCAAAGACAUACCAUGCGAGAACGUUCCCCAAGCCUCAAAGGACGCCCCAGUACCGGCCCACGUCGCGACCGCAGUACAAGCACAGGACAACGUCGCAUCCGACACCGGCGUCUGUCGUCGAUUACGAAUCGAAGCAGGCGAGCACAGAGCAGUCGGCCCAGGGUGUAAGUCAGGCAAGUCAAGUUGCGCAUCAGAGCCCGUCGAGCGCGAGUCUCGCGAGUCAGGAGACCUUCAAGCAGGAGCAGAGGGCCGCGGGUGGUUACGAGAAGCGACCGCAGCUGACGCAGAGGCCGAGGACGAGCAACACGUACGAAAUACGGACGCCACAUUCCACUCAGUACGUGAGCAUCGGAGGCGACGCUGCAGAAAAAGCGGCCGCCAGGUACCAGCACUACCAAGACCAGCAACAACAGCAACAGAACCAGGAGCAGCAGCAGACGCCUCCGUCAACAGCUAGCGUCUACAACUCUUACGACUCCUCGUCGUACCAGAGCACAACACCGGUACAAUCGGACCAAACGAGCAAGGACGCUGGUUACUCUACAGCCGCCCAGCAAGAUACGUAUGCCAACCAGGGGUACAGACCGCAAGACAUCAGAAGUGUGACCGUAGGAGCAUCAGCCCAGGUGUCAGACUACAGCCAAGGGACUACCACGCAAAAGAACGAGCAGGGGCAGCAUGAUUACCACCGUGGCACUGCUUACCCAGCACGAGUGAGCGACGCAACCCAAAGGAGCCCGACGCAACCGAGCUCGACACUGUCGUUCAAACAGGGCUAUCUCUCUUCCAAAAAGGGAGGCGCAACGCAAGCGCAGCAGUCUUCUCGUGAAAACUACCACCACCAACAGCGACAGCACCUCCAGCAGCGGCAGCGGCAGCAACACCAGCACCAGCAGCAGCAGCACCAGCAGCAGCGGCAGCACCAGCAGCAGCAACAACAGCAGCAACAGCAACACCAGCAACAGCAGCACCAGCAGCAGCAGCAACACCAACAACAACAACAAACCUACCAACGAAACCCGCAUAACUCCGGUUCUUACGACAGUCAAGAGGGAUCUCAGCAAGCUAGAACGCCCGCGUACGACUCGCGGUACCAGACGACUCCUAAGCAACCGAGGACGCAGACAACCUUGUACAAGUACCACCGGGGAACCUACCAGCAGGAUAGAACGCAGCAAGGGGACGAUGGACAGGGGCCGUUUUCUCCCAUAGAUUACAGCCGCCAAGGUAAUCACGGCCUAAACACGCAGGGUAUAACGACGCCUUCGCAUCGCCCUUUCGCUCCGCACCAGCAACAGCACUACGGGCAAGCUCACUCAUUAGGAAAAACGACGACAAGAUCUAAUACCGCGUCCGGACAGCCCGAACCGCAGUACUCGAAGCCCGCCCCGCCGCCUCUUCGCAGUAGCUUCCACGCUACACCGAAGCCGGACCAUCAACAAGGAGGCGGGCAGCUGCCGUUGCCUCCCCCAGAACCAACCCCACCUCCGCAGGACGCUCAGGUACUCCUGGUCGAAAUCAACAACCCUCAAGCGCAGGUCUACGGGCAGCAACUCAAGGCCGUACAUCGGCAUCAGCAGCAACAACAGCAGCAGCAGCACAAACAACAGCAGCAGGAGCAACAACAGCAACAGCAGCAGCAACAACAACAACUGCAGCAGCAGCAACAGCAGCAGCAGAACAACUUGCUUCAGCAUCACCACCUGGCUGAACUACUGGCCAGCCACCAGAAGAUUCCACUGAUGCAGCCACUACACUUCCUGGCAGCCGCAGGCCCGAACCAGCCGUUACGCGUUCCCAUCAUCGAGGUGGCAUCUCCUCUUCUGGCUGCAGGUAACCUCCAGCAACAGGGACCUCACCUUCACAACCUAAGACAGGAGAUCCAACGACAGCUUCAGCAGCUCAACCAACCCCACCAACAGCCGUUCUUGUUCGGUCAGCCGCAGGACGCGAUCCAACAGAUGCUCAAGUCGCAUCAGCUGUACGUGCCGCAGAACCAGGGCAUUCAGAAGGUCAUCACGCAGGGGCCCGUGCCAAUCGAGCUGAAGGUCGAGCCCCUGUUUGACGUGAACCACAAGGGAACGGGAGACGGCGACGGUAUCAAGGACGUGCGCAUACAAGCAUUGAAGCCCAUUCCCCUGCCUGCAUCACCGGUCGGGCAUGGUCCUCAUGGAGGGGCGAACGACAUACCCUUCGAAGUUAACAUGCUCGUGGACGCGGCCAAGAAGGCGAUCAUGUCGGCGGGCGGUUUUCCGAAGCCAGAAGUGAUCGUCGUGGAUGGAAGUCAGGGCGGCCAGAUGCCGGAAAACGUCCUGCGGGCCGUGCAACAGAUACUGAACAACGAGCACGCCGGCCGCGGCGAGCCCGGUCGCCAGCCGAAGGGCUCGGCCUCGCACCACUCGCAGCAGAAGAGCCACGCCGAGCAGCCGUUUCCGGCCGCGGCCAGCGUCAAGCUCAACGACAAGCUGAACGUCCAGGUGGCCGGACUGCUCGUGGACAGCCACAGCCUUCAGAGCGUCUUCCCCAAGAACCUCAUCCACGGCACGGGCAGCUCCAAGCUGCGCUACAACGAGCCGGUGAACGUCCACAUUCCUGUGAGCGACCUCCCGCCGCGGCCGGCCGUGGAUGUGCGCAUCAGGGGCCCCGACGGGAAAGUUUCGCAAGUGCUUGUCCCGCUCCACGAUGCGAACAAGUUGGCGGCGUUGGCCAAAGACGCCGGCGGCAGCAACAACUUCGCUGGCUCGGCAUUUCCGGCGAACCUUUUCCAGGGCGUGCAGAACUUUGGUCGCGGCGGGGGCGGGCACCAGGGUCAGAAGGAGGGUCUGCUUCUUGGCGGUUCGGCCCAGCAGCCCGCGUUCGGCAUCGGACCCGUCCGGUUGGGCGAGAAAGUGAGCCUCAUGGACGGUGCCGGCGGGACGCUGCAGAUCGCCGACUUGCCGCAGUUUGACCCUGCGGCUCUGGCGGCGGCGGCAACGGACAUGAUCCAGUUCAGGCCUCUUUGAGCUUUUGCGUGCCGUUGCGAUCUGUAAAGCCAUUUCCUUGGAGGAGCAGACGAGAGAAGCCAGGGCAUAACUCACGCCACAAGCCGCAGACCAUCCUGGCUAAGGAACGGAUUUGCACCUCGGUCGCUGGCCAACGUUUUCAAAGUCCGUAAAGGUUCGUUGCUUACGUGACGAGGAACAGAGCUUGUUCACAAAUAGGGUAGCGUGAAGCAUUUUAAGAGGAAACUUUAGCUCGGGUGCUCCUAUCUAAAUACAUGAAGAAGGAGAAUUCGCUUUCCUUGACAACAACUGCACCAAAUUUGGCGAGGUUUGUUGCAUUUAAAAGAAAAACUCAAAAUCUAGUGACUGCUGGCUUCGAAUUUUCGAUUUAGGUCGUCAAUCUUUUAUUAAAACUUGGCAAAAAUUGAAAAUUUUCAGGACACGAAACCAUCAAGUUUACAACUCUGUAACUCAGUAAUGAAAAAUGAUAUCACAAUUCUGUGAAUUGCAUCUAAUAUUACAUAUAAAGCGGACAAAAUUGAUGCGUUACACAUGAAUCUAAAGAAAAAUUACUUGUAUGGAAAUACAGCUUUUGCAGAACUCUUGUACAUAACGUAAGACAUUCACGGAAAAUAAAAAAUGACACGUCGAAUUUGUCCGCUUUCAUUGAUCUAACGGAUGCCGUCUACAGAACUGUGAUAUCUGUUUUUGACGCAGAGCUGUUGAUUUGUAAACUUCGUGCUUCUAUUUCUUUUCUUUCCAAACUAGCGAAUUAAAAAUAAUCUUUUUAGCAAUAUUCAAACCCUAAAUCGAAAUUCCGCUUCCACCAGUCACUAGAAUUUAACUUUCUCUCUCAAAUGCAACAAAUUUCAUUAAAAUUGGUUCAGGGGUUAUUUUAGAAAGCUUUUUGCGUUUUACAUGUAUUUGAAUAGGCCGCGUCGGAGUUGGGCCCGAGCUAAAGCUUCCUCUUAAGCAUCAUAAACAGAGUAAACGGUGCCGGCACCUGACUUACUGCUGGCUUUUAUUAUGUGGUUCUUCAGGGGCAAAAAUGGCGGUACACCACAGCAUAGUUCCUAAUUAACAGCCAUUGGUUACUUGGUGAAACCAGCAAGCAUUGCACCAAAUGAUCGCGUCGCGACCACUUGUUAGGUGGAUGGUCUGUGGCGGCAAUAUAUAUCCUACAUAGUCGCGAACCCUCAAAAGCGGACGAAAUUUCACAGUCCUUGACUGCUGGGGAACAUUAAGUCGAGUCACACGCAAAAGGCCAGAAAUGAUCGAUAAAUAACAUUCAUGUCCAUGAAACUACUAUCAGUGGUUAGCCUGAAUCCCUUGCUAAAUUUAUGAGUUUUAUUGUCAACAGUGUCAAAUGUAUUUAGUCCUAACUAUAACGAUGAAGCGAAAUUUAAAUUACGUAAACGUCAGAGAAAAUCUACGUGCUAUUCGUUCUCUGGCCGUCAGAAAAUCUAGGAAAUGCGAGCACGCGCUUUGUGUGGUUACGAUAACUCACAUGCGCAAACUCAGACCCUGUACAGAAGCAGAGUUGUUAACUAGUGGGUUUAUCAAUUCCGCUCAAGCUGUUAAAGAACAUGCGCACAGCAAUAAGCUGAGAAUAUAAUAAAAGCCUCACAUGUUCUGAACAAACAUUUAUGUCGAUGUUAUUGCGAAGCAAUUACGAAACGGCGCUGAACGUUUUAAGUGAUAGGCCCUGGUAAUUUCGUCUGUUCCUCUAGAAGUGGCUUUUACAGGUCAACCUAGCUCGCAUUUACUACAGGUUAUAGCAAGCAUUGGCUCAUGGUGAGAUUCGGAAAGGCGUCUCCCUGUGUUCCCGGGUAAAAGCGUGCGAACAAACUCAUUUCACUUUUCCCUCCAGUUCUGGGCUUAAAUGAACCGUUCACUCGGCAGCUCUAGAGGCGUACUGGCUUGAGAGACAUGUAUCAGCGUAUAGAUUGGCGUAUGGAUUGGCGUACAGGAUUGGUCAGGCAUCUUGAAGCGGGGCUCCGAAGUGUGUGAGAUGGUUUGUGACGCGACCAGCGGCUGUUGGUGUUAUGUUGUGCUUGAGUUGUUAUCCUGUUAUGUGAGCUGUAUUAUCACUUGAGUCGUCGUGUAUAAGUCGUCGCAUACCAAGUUAGUGGGUUGUCUGAGACAAAUUGUGCACGUUUCUUGCGAGAAAGUAGUGAAUGUUCUGAUGUUUCUUCGUAUAGUGGUGCGGGCGAAAGCUGUGAAGGAUAGACCUUGCAUUCAUGCCAUGUUUGAUCGAAUUUGUACACAGUGUUCAGAAAUUUCUUUUGCAAAUGGCAGCUGGGCUGCUUUUACAAUUCUUUUGCGUCUUUUCACGGGAUGCUUUCAAUCGGUAGUCUUGAGAGGACGAGCUUGAACAGAUCCCGCACUAAAUUUCUUUUUUUUUUCAGUCUGUUUAGUGCCUUAUAGAAAAAGAGAAGGUAGAAAAAAAUGAACGCAGAACGAAUACCUAUUUGAUGGUAACGGUGAAGUUGUACCCUAUGUAGAAAGCAAAGCAACGCUGUCCACAAGGCUAGCAACAUUGUAGGCAUAUGAUCUAGACAAGCUCAAGUUGUGACUUCAGAAUAUUUAAUGGUUCAUUUGGCCUUUCCUUCAAAAUUCAAAAUUUAUAUCGUCCCGUCUGACGGUAGCAGAGGGUUCGGUUCGGGCAGAGUGCUCUCUUUUGUCAUGAUCGGUUGCACGAAUCAAGAGGCGUUUCCUGAGUGAUUCGCUUCGCAUAAAAGAAGUGUUCUGAUUCACCUACAUAAACGAGUGGAUACGAAAAGCGAGUCGCUCCCAAGCUGGAGAGACAGCAUUGUAAAUAUCUCUUGUACAUAUACUUUCUUUUGUGCUCGUCCUGUGUUACUAUGCGACCAUUUUAGCAGUUCAUAAUAAAAAAAAAAAAAUUCCGCUCAUUCGUGUGAUCAGCGAUAUCUUUCCGCAUCCUUCGUCUUUAUUAUGCGAAAACGAUUGUUUGUAGGCGCUGUGCGGUUCGCGCUAACAACACAGACGCAUUUAGACGGCUUAAGCCUGGAACAGAAACGUUGUCAAGGUGCACAUGUGAGGAAAGUUAACGCACACGCGCGACAACUUCACGGAGCGUACUUGAGGCGCGCCUUCUCACGCAACGGCAUUUCUGUCAGUCCCGGCUAUAAUCGGGGCUGAGUGUCAUACAUUAUAUUUCUCACUUUAAGAGACGGCGCGUGAGACGCAUUUGAGCCGUGACCUGCCAACGUGCGGCAUUAGACUCACUGACGCAACUCCUUGAAUACGUUCGAAUUACGUUCUACUUGAUUUUCUACGUAACUUGAGCCUCGUGUGGUUAGUGAAGCCAGUUACACUUUAAACACAAUACCUUUCUUGCAGGUGCACAUUUUCGGAAUUUAGAAGUAAUCAGCGCUAUUUAUUUUAUGGAAUGAUAACAGUCGCACGAGCUUCGGUGUUGGGUUCUGUUGUGCCACGUUGCCUCUAUGUUGCGAGGUUGCAAACUUGCAUCUGUGCUGGUAAAAUUUACAGGGAUGGGGCCUGGCCUAAAGGUUCAGAACUUCCAAAUUUGUGCGGACGUUACAAUUAUUGAAGGUAAGUAGUACUGGUUACCUUUAAGUCACGAGAACCCGCUCCUUUACGUAAAGCAUAUCGUGUUUAGAGUGCAGCAAAUGAGUCUACGGUAUUUGAAACGAAACCCCGCUGGUAGAAGCCGUUACGAUGUGAAUUUGCUUAGAACAUUUCCGCAGUGAGGUAAGGUGUGUUCAGUUGCACCGUCGACGUGAGAGUGGGGAAAUGCUUCAGCCCGAAGCGUCAAGAGGCGGGAUCACUUUCGGAGAGAUCGCUUUCUGCGUGAGCUGGUUGGCUUAAAACCGAGCGGAAUAUUACGUGCAUGAGUAAAAAAAGAAAAGUUUGUGGACGGGUAGAGUUCCUCUCACUUUAUUUUCACGUCUCCCUCGGGUGCAUUUGACCGUGGAGUUUCCUACAAAAAAAUUACUGGAGAAAGCUUUGGUGCUAGGGUCCACGGAAGCUGCAAGCACGGUGGUUCGGUGAGCAUGGGAAUGAUGGUCAGCACGUUGUAUUUGCCUAAUCUUCGUCCUUCUCGCUUCAAAAGGCUUUUGUGACUUUAGAAAUGGAUCAUUUGUAACAAAAUGUGGCGUUGCAAAGUACAACUAUUUGCAGUGCUUAUGCAUGCGCGCAGAGCCUUAUCGCCUCUGGCGUUUAGAAAAGAUAGGAUUGCUUCAGAAUUUGGGCCAAUAAAGGUAGGUAAACCGCAGUAAACGAUAUCGCAAGAACGUCUGAAGCCACAAGCACGGAAGAUUGGACAAAUCCGUGUACUAGCCGUAUCAUUUCCAUGGUAUCUGAACAAUCGCAGCGCCACACUUCCCUCUAGUAACUUUUGUAAGAAAAUAUAUACAUUUCACGCUUUCUUCCAAAAGGGUCGUCCAGUGCUGAGAGAGAGAGGGGGGGGGGGAGAUGGAGAGGCAGGCAAGUGAACAAGACUUUGUCCAGUUUGCUACCUAAACUUUGGCGAGUGGAUGGGGUGAGCAAGAGAGAAAGAAGACAGAAAUUCAGAUAAUAAGUCAGCUCGGAACGCUUCAAGCGCAGUGGGAAUCGAGAGCAGUAAAUUCCUAUUGCAAGAAUAUAAACAUUAAUGCCAAAAUUGUUUUAAUGACGCCAUAGUUGCUAAACCCACAUCAAAGUAAGUGUUCAACGGAAAAGUUGCUCGAAUUCGCAAGUCACGAGCACGUGGAUUUUUCUACGGAUUGGCAGGCUUCACUGCGAGUGGACCGUUUCUCGUUUACAUUGAAGACAAGUCCGAACACCUGCGUCGCUAUAUGUGGAUUAUGUUUAGAAAGAAAUAUACACGAUGGGUAAUUAUAUUUUAUAUCGCAACUAUUUACGUUUACAGCCAAGUGAGAUGCCCUGUAAAUCACUUUCUUGGUAUCACUCGGAGAAUAACUUUAAGCAUCACCGCACAAAAAUUUUGUGAUUAGAAAUAGUUUCUAGAAGUUUUUCUUAAAACAAGUCGAAGGCACGCCAAAGAGGGCGAUAUUCAUUGAAAUCCACGCACUGCCUGUCAUUUCCGUGCUGGCGACUCACGCAGCUGACAUCACUAAAUUGUAGUCGAAAAACCCCAGUGUCAUGCGUCACGACACAUUGAACCAACUGGAAGCAGAAAAUCGGCGAUGUCUGCCGUGCUACCAGAAACCGCGCUGCAUGCUUCAUCAGACGCAACGUGAACGUACGUAGGACCUCUUCGGGUGAACAAACAGUGAUUACGGGUUGAGGGUGACCAUAGAUCUGUGAAUGUAGACGAAGGCACUGCUAGACGAGUCCGCAAAACCGACGGCACUGUCGUGGAGAGAAAGUCGCUUUCGCGACUCUAACCUCCGCCAGCACGAAAAAGAAAGAAAGGCAAAGCGUUCGCAUGAAGAUUGAGGUCUGAAUUCAACAGCGGCGAAAAAGUACACAAGAAAUGGUCCCAGUGUGAAGCCGACGCCAUAAAACCUUACCACAGCUCAGACAAUAAUGUUUACCACGAUGAAGAAAAGUCCAUGUUGUCGAAACGUGAGUUCGAGGCUGAGACUUCCCCCGAUUCGCCCACUGUUAAACGUCGUGAAGACGUUUGUAAACGACUUAUGUAUGACUUACGAAAAGUUGUAGUUAUGCUAGAGAGAGAGAGAGAGAGAAUGCGUACGGCCAAAGAGCCCACGAUUUCCUCUCCGACAUUUAUUCCGCCGGUAUCUUUCCUCAGAGCCGAUUUGCGUUUGGCCAUUUCUCUAGAAGUCGCAUACACAUCACAGCAGCGAGUUAGUGACUCCUUGGGACAAGAAUUGGUACUUCCGCAGGCUUCUUCUUUUCCUUUUUUUUUUCUGCAAAUGUUUCCGACCAGUUUCGCAAAUCAAGUGUCAUGAUGCCUGAUAACCGAGCAAGAUGAAUUUGCCGGUCACCUAUGAAAGGCAGUAAUUCAUUUCAAUGCACGUCGUGCUUGUUUUCAAAUUUUUUGAACGGGGGUAAGGGAGGGCGCACAGCUGCCAAUAUAAAUCCGCUAGCAAGAUUCGAGUAGUUGGUCAGCAAGCGCAAAAACAUGAACUGACCUUCUUGAUGUCAGUGAAGCUUAGUGCCGUUAAUGCCAGAAUUAUCUCAGUUGUUUAAAUAUAUGCGUUGAUAAAAAAUUGUACCCUGAAACAUAUAUACUUCCGAGGCUUUGUCUGCUUCACGGCUAGAGUGGUGAAAGUUAUUUUGACCCUUCUACAGCAUUACUCAUGCCCAAAGACAUUAUCAAGGGACGAGGAGGGGGGGGGUCGUAGAAAUGUGUUAAACUUUCAAACUUGAAGUCAACGAAGCGGGCUUGGUAACGUGGGUUCGUGAUAGACGAGCGGCAUUUGUGGUAGUGUUGACAUGUGCUUGGAAUGCCGGGCGUGACAGGAGGCCAAACUUUCGGUGCAUACUAUUCGCUUCCGUCCAGCAAGCCCGCUUUCUUUUUCACGGCAUGCGGGUCUCUGACGGUCUGGCAAGCAGCGGUGCUGCGCGGCCAGGACUGUUGUAACUUAUGUGUAACGAUCUGCUGGUACAAAAUAAAGAUGUGUGAGAUGGUGAAAACAA